AUGGAGACCAAAGCGGAGUUUCUUCGAUAUGCGAGCCCGAAUGAGAUGCGCACAGUUGCCCGUGAGGAUGUAGGAUACUAUCAUGCAGUUGUUAUUGGCGCAGUCUACAGCUUCCCCGAGGGUGUCAAUGUCAAAUCGCCGGCAACUUACUUUCACGCCCUGAGACGCUGUAUUGAGGAACAUCCCUUCUUCUGCGUUAUUGUUGGAGAUAGACAUACCGACAAGGCUUACUAUGAGCGUGUGGCUAGCAUCAAUGUCGAGGAGCACAUUUCCAUUGUCGAGGACUCAUCUGUCCAGGCCGGCUCCUUGGAGGCAAUCGGACGAUCAAUGGAGUCGGAGCUGGAUCGUCCUUUCGUUGCUGGUAUCCCCCCAUGGAGGAUUGUUGUACUUCCGCUCAGCUUGUCCCAGUGCCAUAUUGCAUUUUCCUACUCUCACACCAUUGGUGAUGGUAUUGCAGGAGUUGCUUUUCACAAGACGUUUGUCUCAGGAUUGAACGAACCCCCAGCAACUGUACCAUCGUCUACCAUCUCUCCCCCAGCUAAGCCCUUCCCUGAAAUAUUCGACACAGACAAGAGAAUCCCCAUCUCAUGGUCAUUCUUGCUAGCACCUUUUCUUGCAGCAUACAUGCCGUAUUUCAUUGUCAAGAUGCUGGGCCUACGUGUCUCAGCAUCUCACGUCAAUGAGGGCACAUGGACUGCAACACCUAUCUUCUUCAACCCCGAGACACACCGGACCAAGCUCAAGAUUCGCAGUGUUGCAGCUUCGCAGGUCAACAAAGCCGUGCAGCUUGCAAGGACGCACGAUGCAAGACUGACAGGAGUCAUGCACCAAAUCAUCGUCCGUGCUCUCAGCAAAGCUGUCGCCGGUAACAAUGUCACCAAUUUCGUCCCGCAGACAGCUAUAAACAUGCGGAAGUCAAUCGGUAUGUCCAACGACAUGGUGCAUGAUGUUGUGUCGGGCUGCUACACCGUUCAUCCUCGCAGCGCUGCCACGGGUCCUUUGACUGAAGAAGAAUGGGCGUCAGCGAGCGAGGCCACCAAACAAUUCGCGACUACCUCUACCACACUCGAGGAUUGUGCUAUUGGCCUUCUUCGAUAUGUCCCGAGCAUUAGGAAGUGGACGCUUGGAAAGAUUGGCAAGAAGCGAGACUCGUCGUACGAGUUUAGCAACGUGGGUGUCUUCGACGGAGGCCUUGCUGCAAAGGGACAGGUCGAGGUGGGCAAGUUGACGUUUGCGCAGCCUGGUCACGUUGGAGGCUGCCCCAUCUGUUUCAACGUUGCCUCCGUCAAGGGAGGGGAUUUGGUGUACACGGUUACGUGGCAGCCCGGCGCAUUGGGGCUUGGUGAUGAGGCGGCAGAGGAGAGGAUUGUGGAGGGGAUUUGCGACAAUAUUCAGCGGGGUUUUGAAGAUAUGGCUUAG